AGAGAGAGUGAGAGACGUAUGAGACGUCCAUAGGAGUAGUGAAUCCAUUGAAGUGUAUGUCAAGUGUUGUAUUGAAAUGUAUGGAAAUGUAUUGAAAUCUAUUGAAUGACGCAAUUGUUGUCUAUUACUGUAUAUGUCUUACGGUUUAGUUGUAGUUAACACUAAUCCACACCAAUAUACCACUCAUUCACUCGACUGUCACCGUUAUGUCCACUCACACGACCACCCAUUAGAGGUAGUUGUGGGCAAUGAGUAGUCCAUCGGAUCCAAUGGAUGUGUGCACCUCUUCGCCAGUGUUCGCCAAUGAGAUCAACUCAUCUGAGAUCAAAUUAGCAGAGGUGGUAGGGAAGGGCACGUUCGGAGUGGUGCGACGCGGCUUCUGGAGGGGACAGGAGGUGGCCGUCAAACUGAUAGAGACGGAACAGGAGAAGAAGGCCUUUCAGGUGGAGCUGAGACAACUGUCCCGUGUGUCUCAUCCCAAUAUCGUGCGUCUCUAUGGCGCCACUCAAGACAAUGGCUUCGUGUCGCUGGUCAUGGAGUACGCAGAGGGCGGCAGUCUAUACAACGUUCUUCACUCGGUUCCACUCGUGCCGUACACUAUGUCUCACGCCAUCUCAUGGGUUCUUCAGUGCGCUCGCGGUGUCUCAUAUCUCCACGGAAUGCAACCCAAGGCUCUCAUCCAUAGAGACCUUAAGCCUCCA